AUGAUGCUUCUCGGCAAGCUGAGAAGGCUGCUUGCCCGCAAGACACAUGAAACGUCUCUACCGGAGAGUCAAAUACCGAGACCAAAACCGGCCGGGAGCAGUGAUGUCCCAGAACGCAGCAACAGCAGAGAUAGCUCUGGAAAGGAACCCGUCGGAGUUGGUGACAUGAUCAUCAUUCCCAGAAAAAAGCGGUCACCACCGAUAAGCCUUCAAAGCCUCCCUAUAGAGCUUCUAACUCAGAUAGUCACUCUCCUUGCCCCAGUCGACCGGGCAAGCCUUGCUUUUACAUCGAGUUGGCUUCAUAAGCUCUUCAGCAACACCACAAAACUUAACGGUUAUGAUCGUUGGAAAUUCCUAAGCCGACUUGAACAAAGCUACAUGUGGCCUUCGGAGAUCCUCUGCGAGAUCUGUCUGAAAUUCCAUGAACCUCGAAAGAGUCGUCAAACCUUUACUGAAAAGGAGGGCCGGCGGGCAUGUAUUAGGAAUGGCGCUCCAAGUCUCCAGCGAUUGUCCAUAUCGCCUUAUCUUUCGAGGGAGAUCCAUUUUGAUGUUAUGGCGGCUAUGUCAAGAUCCAACCGUCACAAUCCCCAUGCGCUGCUUCCCGGCGAACAGAGUGUACAGUUUGUGGCGCCGUAUGUCAGCCAUGAUGAUCAACUUCUUAUACGACUGCAUCAGACUGUGCAUUUCUCCUGUCAGAAACACGUGCUUCUCAAGUCACAGAGGAUUCUAUUUCCGAGGCGAAAUGCAGGCCGCGAGCCGAGCAAGGUCAUUGAAGGCAUCGAAGCUCUACGGUGGAGUUUUCAGGACAGCCACGAAUUUGGUUCGAUCUGUGGGCAUAUCAGAUGGACUGAUAUAUAUCCGUUCAUAACUCGUCCGGAAGAGGAGUUCAAAUGGCCACGAGGACAGUGGUCAUUCCGCCACUCAGGUCUACAAGAGUUUGACCUUCCUGGCGAACAGCUACAAGAGUGUCUAUGGACUCACAAAGAAGACUGUUGGUUAACCUGCCAAGCAAGGGCUAGACUGGACAGCGCCCUCGAAGGACGUAUAUGGUCCUGCGGCGGUUGUUCAACUGACUACGCUGUCAACAUCAUCCGCUCGGAGACUUCAUGCGCGAAUUACAUCGUAAUGACAUCGUGGAAAGAUCUCGGAACUUGUCUUUUAAGACAUGAUCCGCUGUGGAAGGAGCAUAUGAUUUCUCGUGUUCACGCGGGGCAUAGGCGUGAGGAAUAUGGUAUGGUCGCGGGGCAGAUUGAGAAGUUGACGAGGGGUCCUCGGAAGAGGGUGUACUACUUCCCUCACUUUUCGAUGAGAAGGCUUCGGGAGAUGUUCAUUGAUGAGGAAGGGUGUGGCGAGUCGAAGCUCCUUGGCCGGGUGGCGGUAGACAUAUGA